GGAUAUCGAUUUUCUCGCUAUCUGGCAGACCUACAAACGGCGAGUGCAUAUGGAAACGAAUAUUGUUUUAGAUUUAGUCAAAACAAUAUAACAUAAUUCGGCGACGAUAGGAACGAUGUAAAARAAUAAAUGUUCUCACGUUUUUUCGCGGACGACAGUUGUACCUAUACGAAACGUUUUCCCGAAAAAAUAACUUACCCUGACUUGUAUUUUUAAUAUUUUAGUUGAGUAAUUGAUAACGUUAGGAGUUUACGUUUACGUUUGGAGUGGACAAAACGCCAUCAUAUGAUAUGGCAUGGAAACUGUUGAUAGUCGUUCACAAUUUCAUCGUAUUGGCGCACUGCGUGGACUGGUCGGGAAAAAUCUAUCAAACAAACGCUGCUUUGGAAAAAGAAAACCUAAUGUUCUGUUACGAGUGCAAUACCAUGGUAAACGGGAAAAGCUGCAGUGAUUUCACAGACAAGGACGAAUAUUUGAGAUUCUCCACAAAAUGUACGGGAGAUAGAAAAACAUGCAUGGUGAAGCGAUAUUCGUACACGACGAGUAACGAGAGCACCACUUCCAGCCAACAGCUCUGGUCACUGGAACGCAACUGUUCGGGCAAAUGCGAAGACGGGUGCAUCGUGAUCGGCGAACGGAUCAAGAUCUACGCGUGUCARGCGUGCUGCGAGUCACCGCUGUGCAACGUGUCCAACGGAUCCGACCGUAGGUCAUCGACUCCGCCGUUUGUCGUUUGUCUUGCGUUUUUGUCGUUGCUCUUGACUACGGUCGUCGAUCAGCUGCAGUUGCCGMCGYCGAAAAGACCUCCGCCGCCGUCCCCAAAAUUCUUUUCCACUUUCGCGUCACCCUUCUCGUCCGGUCCCUUCCACUUGCCAUCAGACACUAUUAGGUUGACCACAAAAAUCAAUAAAUAUUUUGUAUUUUUAUCACCGAUCCAUCACCUGUUCACCUCACGGUUUGUCGCUCUCGAAACAUCAUCGGUACGUUUUUUUCCCUAAAAACAAUAAACAUCUAUUAUAUAAAUACGUCGUAYUUUUAGGUUAUCGUAUAAAAAUAUUUUUGA